AUGUACCAGCUUCCCCACAAGCGCCUAGCGUCGGUGACGAGUCUUCCAAGUCAACCCCUGCCUCCAAAAACCGAGAGGAAGACGUCGGAGCAGGUGCCCUCGCCCAAGUCUCUCCUGCGCUUGAUUGUCGCGUGCAGCCUCGACAAGAUUACAUAUGCCAUACCAGAAUUAUUGGACCCCAAGUCGGAGAAGCAAGUGAAGGAUGCACAGCAGAAGAAGAAAUAUCGGGCUGUCCGUCGAUUAUUGCGCAAGUCGUAUAAUAAUCAAUCCAACAAGGCCUGCAGCGCUUCUCCGCCGUAUUUACCACAAGGCGCUGCAGCUAUGACAGACUCGUGGCAAGUAGACUACCGGGAGCAGUCAAAAUCAUACGCUCGAUAUGCCGACUUGGUUCAAUCUUUGAGCACAGGCAAGUCCCGCAUGAACGGCGAACUUGCAAAGAAAAUACUCCAUAUUCCUAUUAAUCUCAGUGGGAGUGUCAUUACCCAAGACCAAGAGAAAUCCUUUGCGGAGCUCCUUGAUCUGUCGCGGAUUACCCGCAGAGCUUUUUUGAUGGAUCCAGCUUUAGACCCAGAAGUGGAGGCAUUGGGUGUGAGGGAGCGACUCCGGAGGAUGGCCCCAGGAAUGUCUGGCGAGAAGGAGCACUUUGAGGGUUAUACGGAUAUCAAGGGUGCAUAG